UCUCCAUAUUUGGCCUUAAACAGUGAGACCGGGGACGUGACCUUGACCUCCUGACCUUGCUGAUGUCACAGAGGACACCACGCUGGUGCUGACAGCCAUGGCUAAAGACCACGGCCAGCCUCCCCUAAACUCCACAGUCCGCGUCGUGGUCAAUCUGAGGGUCGUCAGCCUGGUGGAGGGCGUGGCCUUCAGGAACCCCUCCUACAACUUCAGCCUACCUGAGAACGAGCCGGUGGGGGCGACAGUGGGGAUGGUCUGGGCCUCCUCAGGAAGCGACCUUUACGACGUCGCCUACACACUGAAAACACACACGGACCUGUUCUCCGUCGACACCAGCGGAGCCAUCCUGACCAAAACACAGCUGGACAAAGAAGAGCAGGACUGGUACAUCCUGGACGUGGAGGCAGUGGACACGAGGACCCCCCCUACGUCAGCUGUUGCAAUGGUCAGAGUUCAGGUGGAGGAUGUGAACGAGUCUCCAGAGUUUCAGUCCGAGGUUUAUAAGGCCUCGAUUUUCAGCAUCGCCCCGUAUAAAACCCCCGUCAUCCACGUGAAGGCUUUGGACCCUGAUGUCGGUGAAGAGGGUCAGCUGGUCUACAGCCUGUCUGCAGACAGUCCUCAUUUUGACGUGGAGCCGUCCUCGGGUCUGGUGUACGUGGUGUCCGUGGUGAGUCUGGCCGGACAGCAGGCUGCAGUGGAGGUGAAAGCCACGGACCCCCGAGGACUUCAGGCUACGACCAAGGUGGAGGUGGAGGUCAAGGGAGGUGCGAGCAGCAGUGACGUGGUGGUCAUCUCCCUCAACCAGCCCGCCAACGUCGUGGAGAAGAAAGUCCCCGAGAUGGAGAAGGCUCUAGGUGGCGCUCUGGGCUGGACCGUGAACAUCAUCGAGGUGUCCAGCGCUAACGGAGAUACCUCUGAGUCCAGAGCGGCGAGGGCGGCUGAGAGGACAGCUCUGGUCAGCUUCGUCGCUGUAGACGGAGGGGAGGUCGUUUCCUCUGAAGAAGUCACAAAGAAGCUGCAGAGCCAAUCGGCUGCUGUGACGGUGGAGCUGGUCAAAGUGUUUGGGGAGGGUCUUCACUUUGACGUGGAGAUGAAGCCUCAAAGCCCUGCCUCCAACCAGGCCGUGGUCAUCGCUCUGGCCGUCCUGUUGUCCCUGAGCAUGCUGGGAUUGAUCGUUGCUGUUGCCUUGAUCAUCAGGUUCAAGGUGACGGAGAAACACGGGACGGAUUCUGACACAGAGAGUUUUGACAUCGGCCGAAAAGCCGAAGGUUACACGAACUGGUCUCAAGCAACACCCCAACAGGAACAGACAAAGCCACAGGACAGGAGACAGGAGGAAGAGCAGCAGAGGACGGACAGACAGACAGACGGUGACAGUGUGAGGAUUGAACCGGACAGACAGGCGGACGAGAGAGACAGCGCGGGUGAUGAAAGCCACACCUCUUCUCUCUGAUCUGAACACAGAGUUCAGUCCGACUGUACGGAGGCUGCAGAGUGCCGCGAAAAAUAACUUUGUUUGAUUUUAUCCACGGCGUCACAAACUUCCCAAAUAUCUCUAAUAUUUAAAUAUUUAACUAGAAUCACCAAUUACAAAUGUAUUUGACGCCUUAAAGUCGCUGUAUUUUAGAGAGAUUUAAGGACGGGAGUGAUUGUCGAUGCAUGAAUGAGUUUCUCUAAAUCUUAAAUCAUUUGUUUUAGACGAUAAAUUGCAGAUUUAUUUAUUGCCUUUAAACUCAGAUGUGAAUCUUUUUUUUUUAAACAAAUAUUAUAAAUUGAUUACUUAAAAAGGUCCAGUGUGAAACAUUUAAGAGGAUCUAUUGGCAGAAAUAUAAUAUUCAUAGAUAUGUUUUUAUUAGUGUGUAAACACCUGAAAAUACCAAACGUUGUGUCUUUGUUAGGUUAGAGUAAGACGUUUUUUUUUUUAGUCCACCAUGUCGACAGCCGCUCCUUUCCUUGACAGUAGCCCAGAAGGGACAAAAUAAAACACCAACUCUAGAUAGCGACGUUUACAUUUUUUGCUCGUUUUGUGGCCACCGUAGUUUCUCCUUCAUGCAGCAACUGCUAGAUGCCACUAAAUCCUACAAACCAGAUCUUUAAAUUAGCUUUUAAAUGAUAUGAAAAAGUAAGUAACAUAGUAGUAGUAGUAGUAGUAGUAGUAGUAGUAAUAAAAACCUCUUUAACCGCUUUAAGCUUAAAGUUUUAUUAUUAUAAUAAAUGAAAGCCGUCAGAAAGUGGUAACUGUAAAUGUUGAAUGAUAAACAGACACAUCAGUAAAUGGGAUUACAUUUUUUUAAUCAUUUCUAAGCAGGACAAAGAAAUAAAAUGAUAAACUUGUAAAUGUAAUGCUUUUCACUCAACAGCGACAGUCGUUCUUGACCAUAAAAAUUUAACUCAACGUCCACUUGCUAGCUUUUCCUGUAACUAUGAAGCGCAUUUCCCUGUUUUCGUCAGUUUGUCAUUGAGAUGGCAGCUAAUUAGUAUCAGUCACUGAGGAAGACAGUGAGAUGCUGCUGAAAGCUCUGGAAAGAGAGAAUAAAUAAAUGGAUGCUUUUUAAAAUGUAUUGAUUAAUUAAUAUGAAACAAAAGUAAAAGUCCAUAUUAAUUUAUUCCAGUGGCACUCUGCAGCCUCCGUACACCCAGACGCCAUAGCAGCUGAUUAGAUUGCUGCUGAGUUCAGGAAGAACCGUUUUUAAGCUAAAGAGAGUCCGAAGGAGACCAAUGAUGAACAAAAUGUCACUUGUCAAUGUUGACUUUAUUCCAGAGAAUUACAAACAAGCAGAUUCAUUUUGGGUGAAAUGCUCCUUUUAAAACUUCAGUGCCAGAUUUAUUUGGUUGUUUUAAGAUAAAGAGACUCAGUUUUGUUAACUUGAAUCGGUCUACUGAGUAAUAUUUUAAUUUAAUUUCUUUGUCUGUAAAAUGGCUGCCAUAAAGCAAACUGAACAUAUUCCAUAAUUAUAAUUUAACAGAAACUGUGUCACCUCUGUUUCAUUUUGCAGCUUUCGUUUUUCUCUUUAAUGCACUUUAUGAGCAAAAAAUGUAAAUAAUAAUAUGAAUGCAGCUGUGCAGUAAACCUCCAUUCAACUGCAAAUAACUAAAUAAUACACUACAUUCUACUGUGUAAUUUUUCUGUGCAAUGUGUGAAAUAAAAACUAUUUCUACUUUCAAUGAACAAAAUGUUUCAUAUUUAGAGCAACCGGAUAUCAAACUGUUAUUCUGCUUCAUUUUAUAAUAUGAUGUGAAUAUUAUGAGAUUGUCCUCCGAAGGGUUAAAAUUUUAUUAAUUUAUUUUGAGUGUUUCGACAGCAAAAACUCACAUUAGUGACCAUAAAAUAUUUACCUGUCUGAAUAAACUAAUUGUAUCAUCCA